UGUAGAUGACAGAUGGCCGGGUCUUUCUGUUUGUUGUCGGUUGAGAUGGGAACAUGAAUGACACAAUAUUGCUUUGUUCACACGAAUCGUAAACACCUCAUCCCAAUUGCCCAAACAAUUCAAUCUUCAAAGCUCAAACUGCUAACCCAUUGAGCUAGCUGUCUUCACUUCCAUACUGCUCUCGGCUUAUGUUUUCCCAUCUUAUUCUUUUCCAAGUUGUCCAUUCUUCUUCAAGCCCAUACAAAAUUGUUGAAAAUUACAAAACAACCACUAUUAAAUUAUUAAUUCUAUAAAAAGUAACAUUUUUCAUCUAGAAAUUCUUUGCACAUGAUAAAGGCACUGAAUGCAUCUUAUGAUCUCAUCACUUUUUCGUGAUUCACAAAUGCUAAGUACAGUAUGCUUGGCCAUAAUUGGGAAACAUUUAGUCCAUGUCUAGUCCAUACCCAAAUUGGAGUCUCAUUAAUUUUUGCCCUUAACUAAAAACGCCUUCAAUUAAUUGUUCUAUUCUGUUUGAGACACAUAUUCCCAUUAUUAAUUCCUUCAUUUAAACAUUUCUUUAUUCUUUCUUAAAUCUCCUUUGGAAGUAAGUCUCAUUAAAAAGUCUAAUGAUAACAUUUCACCUGCAUGUUGUAAAUAACUAUUGUCCCCCUUUCUCUCCCCUCCUCUUUCAUCUUUCUCAAGCUUAAUCAUUGCCCCUUUUUCAUUUUUUUUUUCUUUAUUUGUGACAUCUUGAUAUUGAUGCAGCUUUUCUUUGCCAUGCUUAUCCAUGCAUUUAGCCUUUUGGCUUUUUAGUAACUUUACUUUUGAUGCUAAUUAUCUUCCUCUUUUUGCAGGGAUAAGAUAUUUAAAUAAGUUUUUGGAGAGUUAUUCCUUGUUAAAGGCGCUCCCAAAAAAUAAGGUCUUUUUUUUGUGAUAAUUAUUUUUAUAUUAAAUUUUAUUUUUAUUUUAUAAAAAAAUAUUUUCACAAUUGAACUUUUUAUAAUUUUUUAAGUCAUAAAUAAAUAAUUUUAUCAUUAUUAUCAAGGCACCAGCCCUAAUGAUAGACCCAAAUUUAAAAAGAUUCAAGGGGCUUAAUUUGAAAUUUCCUAAUAUUCCCUUUACCCAAUUACAACCCGCUUCAUAAUUGUUGAUACUAAAUGGAAUAUAAAAUCCUAUUCUUCUAUUAUUCUUAACCCCUCCAAAAAUUUAUACAUACAUUUUUUGGGUCAUGAUCCUUCUUUCUUCCUCCUGAAUGAAAAAACAAGAUAUUAUAAAAAAUUGUAAAUUGAAAAUGAUCAACAAAAUUUAUUUUGGAUGAAAUUGUAGCUUGCUAGCUUUAAAUCAUGGGGGGGUGUUGGGAGUAGGAGUUGGUGGGUCAACAGACUAGUUUUUAAUUUGUGGGGUCAAUCCUUCGCCAUCAUCUUAAUCAUCUCAAUGCCUACUCACAUCAUCUUCACCAGAAAACUAAAACCAGCGAAUUCAUCCCCUAUCCAAAUCACCGUUGUGUCAGCUUAGCAGAUGGUGACCUAAAAAUCAUUUUAGGGGGCUGGGGCUCUCGAUUUUUUGUUUCUUUUUGUUUUUUGUUUUGAAAUGUUAUUGAAAUCUAAACUAUUAUUGAGUCUUAAAUGUUACUGUAUAUAUGAAGUUUACAUUACUUAAUAAAGGUUAAAAUUGAAGUCUUUUAGAACAAUAAAUUCCUAAAACAAUAAGUUCCCAAAAAAAUAGCUUUCUUGUUUCAAGGCCUUAAGUGGAAAAAUUUGUCCAAAAACUGUAGUCACAAUAGCAAAGACUUUAUUUUGGUCCAUUUAAUUCCCAAAUCCAUGCUGUAUCCAUCCUACAAUGGAAGGCCUCCUUUUCCUUUCUCAGUGAUGCAAACUUUGAGGUCAGAGAGAGAUCAUAUUUAGUAGAUUUCCACUGCCUCUCUUCUCAUUUAUCUCCCUCUGAACUUGCUUUCUAUUUCCUUCAAUACAUUCUCUUGGUUGUCUUCUUUGGACAAACCCAAGGGGCGGAUCCAUCUCUCUCUCUCUCUCUCUCUCUCUCUCUCUCCGCAAUGAGAGAUAUUGCUUCCUGUUUUGGUGAAUAUGCAGUACAAGUAUCUGAUGCUUCUUGUUCCAGUAAUUCAAACCAUUCUUGCAUCUCCCCUGGUUUGAUGCCUUCAAUCCAGGAUGCUGUAACUUGUUUGUACAAAAUCAUUCUUUCAACUCAGAAACAGCUCUUGAUCACAGCCAGUUGGAGCAAGAACCACAUGGCACAAGGCUUAAGCAUGAACAUUGGGGACAGCCCAUCAACUGCAUUCAAACUCAACACAAAUUCUAGGCUGUUCAGGAAGAAUAAAGGCAGCAAAUCAUUUGAAUUUGAAAAUUCCCAGUUUGAUAUCUUCUGGGAUCUCUCUGCAGCCAAGUACAAUGCUGGACCAGAACCAGUUGAUGGGUACUACGUUUUGGUAAUGGUUGAUUCAGAAUUAGGCCUGGUUCUUGGAAACAUGGCAGGGGAAGCCGUAACUAAAAAGCUCAAAACUGGUACCCCAAUUGCCAAAUCUUCCUUGGUUUCGCGGCGAGAACACUUCUCUGGCAAUGCCCUCUAUUCAACCAGGGCUCAAUUCUGCGAUACCGGGACUUCACACGACAUUUUGAUACGCUGCAGUGGAGAAAACGAAGGUCUAAGGCAUCCUGUUUUGUCAGUUUGCAUCGAUAAGAAGAUGGUGAUUCGCGUAAAGAGGCUGCAAUGGAAUUUCAGAGGGAAUCAGACAAUUUUCGUUGAUGGGUUGCUGGUUGAUCUUUUAUGGGAUGUCCAUGACUGGUUCUUCAAUCCGGCAUCGGGAUAUGCAGUUUUCAUGUUCAGGACCAGGAGUGAGGCGGAUAGCAGGCUGUGGUUAGAGGAGAAAUUGGUUCAGAAAGAGCAGGAGAAGCUUGAAUUCUCCUUGUUGAUCUAUGCCUGUAGGAGCUUAUGAACAACUCUCUUGACUUUGUUGUUUUUUUUUUUUAAUUUUUGGGUCUUUUUUGUUUCCUUCUUGUACUGUAUCAAAUUACUCUCCAUGAGAUAUAGUAUAAUUCUUUAGUACUCUCUGUGAACUUUCUGGCAAAUAUUUAUCAUGAAGUGGAGCUAGUCCUGUUGAUUGAUUAAGAGAGUCAUAGAUUCUGCAUGCCAAAGCACUCGUAUACGGAGUGCUGAAUCUGUGAAUGAGAGUAAUUGUCUCAUAGGACUU